AACAGAUGCAACUGUCUCAAAACAAAUGUAUGUUUGCAUCCUUAACCGUGUAACUGGGGUGAUUUUCUCGUUUAUUUUUUUGUAAUUUAUAAGUUAUUUAAUUAAAUUUUUUACUUCUUAGCUAUUUAAUACAAAAUGAAGUUUAAACUGCCUCCGAAUUUAGAAUCUACUGGUGUUGAUGACGAUGACAAUGAUCUGGUAAGCAGAGAUGACGGUGAAUCCGAUGGAGAUAAAUCUUCAGAUGUAAACAUCACUGGUCUAGCUUCAUCCAUAUUUUACAUUAUAGUAAUUGUUGUUGUUGGAUUGCCAGUUUGGUUUAAAACAACAUCUCCUUCCAGAUACAGUUUACCUGAUGUUGCAUCUUUAAUGGUCCACCUACAAACCACGGUUAAUGCGGUUGAUAUCAAUGUUGUGAUUGGUGUUGAUUUGGACAGACAGUCUUUAGUGUCACAAUUACCUCCAAAUCAUAUUUCUUCGGAUGGCAGUGUAGCAUACAAGAUUGAUUGGAGAGUUCGGAAGAUGACACCAAAAGAGGAGGAUGUUUGGUCUAAAAGCAAAUCACUCGAUUCGUUUGAUCAAGAAUUAGCUAAACUUGAAUCACACCAAAAGCCAGGAAGAAUUUACAUUUUUCUGGUUGACAUGAAUAAUGUCCGUAAACUAGGGAAAAGUGUGACCGUUCUAGGAUCAAAUAGAUUCAUCUAUAUUGGUGUACGGGAUGAAGAAAUGAGCGUAGUCGAUGCUGAUGAAGAUAAGUCACUAAUCAUGUAUAUAUUAGAUGCAUUGGAAACAGUAUUAGAAGCUAAACAUGAUCGUCUUCUAACUAGUGCUAGUGAUAUAGAUGAAAAGGAGAAUAUAAAAUAUUUGCUGAAUCGAGAAGUAAAUUUAAUUGUCAACUUCAUCAGUGAAGAUAUCGAAGACUCAACAAAUUUUAAAACCAGACAAUUAAUCUCAGAUGCACGUAAACUUGGAGAAGAAGCGUUUAUCCAACAUAGUGGAAUUUCCAAUUUAAUAUCAAUCAAUUUUAUGAGUCAAAUGGUAUAUUAUGGUUUUGAUUCAAAUUUUAUUGAUAAAAAUCUCGUAACCGAUUCAAAUGGACCAUCUGCUGGUAAUGAACGACUUUUUGACAAAGCAAGAGUUGGCCUUCUAUUGAAUGCAAUUGAAUCACGAAUUGUGGAACCUAACAUAAAGUUGACUUAUCAUCUUCACGUCAUCAUCCCUUCAUCAUCCAAAAACAGUUCAGUUUACUUUUAUGACAAAGAAUCUAAAUCAAAAUCUUUUGCAGCUGAAACAACUUAUCGAGCUGGAAUAUUUUUCUGGAACAAAGAGAAUGAUUUCAACUUAGCAUUUAAAUCUUUCAUGAGAAAUUUACUGGGUAUCUCAUCUAUUCAACCAAGUAAUUCAAUCCGUCGGAAUAUCUUCUUUUCUCAAUGGGAAUUGGACUAUCUAAUGAGACAAAUGACUUUACAACAUUUAGCAAAAACUCUAUCAUCGCUUGAAUCAAUUGAUAAAUUGCUCGGAAAAUUGAAAAAUAUUGUUAUUUUCAAAGAGAUUGCUGAUAAAAUGAAUACAGCAGCUGAACUUUCACACCAUUCUAUUGAUUUAUUGUCUGAAGGAAAUCUCAUGAGAGCCAACGAGUUAAGUGGUAAAGCAUUUGAUGCCUCUGAAAGUGCUUUUUACGAUCCAUCGUUACUUUCCAGAUUAUAUUUUCCUGAAGACCAGAAGUAUGCCGUCUAUUUUCCAUUGUUUUUGCCUGUAUCAGUACCAUUGGUCCUCUCGAUCUGGCAUCUAAUCAGAAUGUAUUAUAAAAGGAAGAAACAUACAAAGAAAGAUUAACGCAAUGUAAUUUAAUAUUCAAAUUAUCAAUAUUUUUUGUGGUGUAAAUUUUCCAGCUCAACUUUAACUUAAAAUAAAAUUGGAUCUUAUUUGAUAAA